AUGGGGCCUGCCUGGGCCCAGAGACCACUGAUGGGACUUCUCUGGCUGCAUGUCCUCUGGGUACUCCUUUCCCCUGUCUGCUGCUUCCAUGUCUUCCCAGGAUGGCGUUUCACAUCAUCUGAGGUUGUGAUUCCCAGGAAGGUACCACACAGGAGGGGCGAAAUUAAAAUGCCAAACCAGCUCACCUACAGCAUUCGCUUCCGGGGCCAAAGACAUGUGAUCCACAUGAAGCUCAAGAAGAACCUGAUGCCCAGACAUUUUCCUGUUAUUACUGAUGAUGACCAAGGUGCCAUGCAAGAGGACUACCCCUAUGUCCCUCAAGAUUGUUACUACUACAGUUACCUGGAAGGAGUUCCUGGGUCCAUGGCCACACUGGAUACCUGCUAUGGAGGUCUUCGUGGAAUGCUGCAGAUAGAUGACUUCACUUAUGAAAUCAAACCAUUGGAGGCUUCUUCCAAAUUUGAGCAUGUGGUUUCUCUGCUUGUCUCAGAACACAGAUCAGAAGAUGAAAGGUGUACAAUAGAAGAGGAACAGAUAGAUGAAGUACUUGAAGAGGUAAACUUAGCUGAAAGUGCUAGAGCAGGCCCUGUUUAUUUGUGGCGGUUACACAUGAAACACUUGAAACUUCAUUACACAAUUACUUCCUCAUUAUAUAAACUGAACCCAAAUCAAUCCAAGACAAUAGACAAUGUAGUGAUUAUAAAUAACAUCCUAGAUUCCAUUUUCAAACCCGUCAGUUUUCAUGUCUACAUACGUAUUCUGUGCAUUUGGCAGAACAAAGAUUCAUAUAGUUUGAGAGGCCAUUCUACUGCAGCUACGCAUGAGUUUGGUUUAUGGAAAUUUAAUAACGUGUGGAAAUUUGUUCGACAUGACACUUCAAUAAUUUAUACAGCAGUUCGGUUGACAGGUGCAAGUUAUUAUGCCUCCCAAGGAGGAGUAUGCAACCCCAACUGGGGAGCAGCAUAUGUGUAUAUCUCAAAUUAUCACAUAUUUGUGGCUGCGACUCUUACAGCACAUACAAUUGGUCACGGCAUGAGCUUAGGUCACGACCACCGUGACUGUGUUUGUUUUCGAAGACAUUCUUGUGUUAUGAAUCCUACGCCUGGUCUUCUAGAUAUGUUCAGCAAUUGCUCUUAUGAUCUAUUGCAUCAUCAAAUACAUAGAUGGGAUCCUUGCCACAGUGCAACUAAUGUACCAUACAAAAAUUUUCCUUAUGAGUCUAAUCGUUGUGGCGACAAGUCUGUAACUCUGGAUGAGCAAUGCGACUGUGGCUCCCUUAAGGAAUGUGCCAAUGACUCCUGUUGUGCUACCAACUGUGUCUUCACUACUGGCAGUACGUGUAAUACAGGAACUUGCUGCGAAAACUGUAAAUUCGCUCGCGCGGGAAGGACUUGCAGAGACAUACUUGGUAUCUGUGACCUUCCAGAGUUCUGUGAUGGGAAAACACAGAAUUGCCCAGAGGACUACUACGUCCAGGAUGGAACCCCAUGUUCACCAUUGGCUGUUUGUGUGAAAGGAAACUGCAGUGACCGGGAUAUGCAGUGUCAAGCCCUUUUUGGAUACGGAGUAAAAGAUGGUUCGCCUGUAUGCUAUGAAAAAUUGAAUAUAAAAGGCGAUCGAUUUGGAAACUGUGGACUUAAGGUGGUAAGAGGGGGAAGUAAACCUAUGAAAUGUGAAUCAGAUGAUGUUUUAUGUGGAAUGUUGCAUUGCGCUGAUGUUCACGAAGUUCCUGGUGCAGAUGAGCACACCACAUUUCAUCACAUAUUAGUAGGUGACACCAAAGUGGAAUCGUGUUUUGGAUUUGAUACACACCAUGGCGAAGAACUACCGGAAAUAGGGCUUGUAGUGGAUGGUGCAACCUGUGGACCAGCACAAUACUGUUUACAAAAAAACUGUACUUUUUUUCAAGAUUUGCCUUUUAACUGUGAUGUGAAGACAUGCAAUUACAAAGGUGUGUGCAACAAUUUGAAAAACUGCCACUGUUUGUAUGGUUGGGCACCACCAAAUUGUGAACAGAAAGGAGUCGGUGGUAGUGUAGAUAGUGGCCCUGCACCAGACUUAAUAUUAGAUCUGCGUACCAAAAUGCAUCUCAGUAUAAACAAGGUAUUAGUUUUAGCCCUUGCUCGUAUCACUGCUUUUUUUGUUGCAAUUUUCUCUGGUGUAGCUUCAAAAGCAGUAACAGUUGUAGAUGAGAGAAAGGACAAAGGAACAGAUACCUGGAUCCACCACUCCAGAGUCAAACCCACUGGCCCAACUGAGGAUCAGGGGAAAUGGAAGACAGUCCUUAAUCUGGAGAGACCCCUGCACCUGAUGCUACAAACAAGAGACAAAGAUCUCAAAGCCAAGCUCUGGUCACACUGGAAGCUGGUCAGUCAACAUGCAGCUGAAGCUUGA